AUGACGCUUGACCCCCAGCUGGGAGGUAUUUCAGAGGUACAUGAAUCCACCCAAUUACCUCCAACUCCGACCAAGCGGAUGUUGAAGAAGACUAGCCAGGAGAGAUUCUCCCAGAAUCUCCAGGAGAGAUUCUCCCAGAAUCUCCAGGAGAGAUUCUCCCAGAAUCUCCAGGAGAGAUUCUCCCAGAAUCUCCAGGAGAGAUUCUCCCAGAAUCUCCAGGAGAGAUUCUCCCAGAAUCUCUAGGAGAGAUUCUCUCAGAACCUCCAACAGAGAUUCUCUCAGAAUCUCCAGGAGAGAUUCUGCCAGAAUUUCCAGGAGAGAUUCUCCCAGAAUCUUCAGGAGAGAUUCUCUCAAGAUCGCCAGGAGAGAUUCAUUCAGAACCUCCAGGAAAAGUUCUCCCAGAAUUGCUAGGAGAGAUUCUCCCAGAACCUCUAGGAGAGAUUCUCCCAGAAUCUCUAGGAGAGAUUCUCCCAGAAUCUUCAUGAAAGAAUCUCUCAGAAUCUCUAGGAGAGAUUCUCCCAGAAUCUCUAUGAGAGAUUCUCCCAGAAUCUCUAGGAGAGAUUCUCCCAGAAUCUCUAGGAGAGAUUCUCCCAGAAUCUCUAGGAGAGAUUCUCCCAGAAUCUCUAGGAGAGAUUCUCCCAGAAUCUCUAGGAGAGAUUCUCCCAGAAUCUCUAG